GGGGCGGCCGCGGGGAUCCUGGCGCUGCUGCUGUUCUGCGCCAUCCACCGGGUGGAGGAGGGACACCUGGCCGUGUACUACAGGGGUGGUGCUUUGUUAAGCAGCCCAAGUGGACCAGGCUACCACAUCAUGCUCCCCUUCAUUACCACGUUCAAAUCCGUGCAGACUACGUUGCAGACUGAUGAAGUGAAAAAUGUGCCUUGUGGGACAAGUGGUGGUGUUAUGAUCUACAUUGACCGAAUAGAAGUUGUGAAUAAGUUGGCACCAUAUGCAGUGUAUGACAUUGUGAGAAACUAUACUGCUGACUACGAUAAGACCUUGAUCUUCAAUAAAAUUCACCAUGAACUGAAUCAGUUCUGCAGUGCCCACACCCUGCAGGAGGUGUACAUCGAGCUGUUUGAUCAGAUAGAUGAGAAUCUGAAGCUGGCCCUGCAGAAGGAUCUCAAUGUCAUGGCACCAGGUCUCACUAUCCAGGCUGUCCGUGUGACCAAACCCAAAAUCCCAGAAGCUAUCCGAAGGAAUUUUGAGCUCAUGGAAGCUGAGAAGACCAAGCUGCUGAUUGCAGCCCAGAAGCAGAAGGUAGUCGAGAAGGAGGCAGAGACAGACCGGAAGAAAGCGCUCAUUGAGGCAGAGAAGGCUGCUCAGGUGGCCAGGAUUCACUAUCAACAGAAGAUUAUGGAGAAGGAAACAGAGAAGCGCAUUUCUGAGAUCGAAGAUGCUGCAUUCCUAGCAAGAGAGAAAGCAAAAGCUGAUGCAGAGUUCUACACUGCUCGGAAGCUGGCUGACUCCAACAAGCUGAAACUGACCCCUGAGUAUCUGGAACUCAUGAAAUACCAGGCAAUAUCCGCCAACAGCAAGCUGUAUUUUGGGGACCGCAUCCCUAACAUGUUUCUGGAUUCCUGUGCUUUCCAGCAUGCCAAUCCGAGGACUGCCCAAGAAACCAGCCUUCCCUCACCGGAAGCCCCAGAGACCUCUAGAGAAAACCACCUCAGAGCAAAAGAAAGCACUGGCUGA